GCUUAGUGUGCCAACAUGACACUGUGCAGUUUGAAUUCUCGUCCAUGUCCGACACGACUGGCAAUCUCAGCAGUCUCGUGGAGGCUGUCAUGGUACCUCACUGCUACGACGAAGAGAACGAAGAUAUGUACGGUGGCUCGGAGCGCAUGGCCAUCCAUGGCGUCGACGUCGACUGGCCGAUCGCACCGGCACUGGCGGCGUCGUUGAUGGAGACAAGCCCCGAGAAGACGACGCUCCUGCUCCCGCCGUCGGCCAUCUCGACCAGCUUCUACCUCGACCAAUGGUCUUUCGAAUACGAUACUAUUCUCCGUGGACUAAAGCUCGGCGCGCGCUACGUUUACGACUUUGCACAUUUCGCGAUCGAUGCCGUCGGGUCGGCUUCGGCGCUAGUGCCGAGGUCUGCUUCAGCACCGGGAACGUUUGCGACGCUGCUCUACUUUAUGCCGUCCGACUGCACUGGCGGUGCCGUCACCAUCACGUACGACGACCGGACGACGACGUACGAGACUCUCAGCGGGCACUCGGUGGUCUUCUUCAACACGUGCCACGUCUCGGUCGCACCGAUCACAUCAGGCACCCGCGGCGUCUUUGUGCACAAUGUGAGCCACGAGGACUAUGACAGCGACUACAGUUAUUGCUCUACGCCACCACAGCUGCCAUCCAAGGCCGACAUUGACGACGCGAUCGAGAUGGAAAAUUACUGCAUCAUUCACGUCGAGCUUGAAACGUGGACCACCGCGCCACAGUAUGCGACGCUAACAGGUCGUGACAAGGCGGUCGUCGACUGGCUUCUUGCGGCAAGUGUCUUUGACGUGGCCUUCGUCACGGUGGCGACAGCCAUGGAUCGAUGGAGAAACAACGAUGACCGCGACAAGGCCGAGCAGAAGCUACCCAACAUCUUCCACCCGCAGUGCGCGACGCCAGCGCGCCUCCAAGCCGCGUGGCGCUCUCUCUCGAUCUCGUGCUUUAUCGAAGAAGACUCGAUCGACAUUUUAGGCAACGACACAGUCUGCCUCGUCUUUUGGCCCAAAGCGCUUCGCUUGAAGCUGCUCGGUCUAGUCCGUACCGUCGCUUUGCUGCGAGAUCACGUCGACGGGUUGUGCUCGGACGACUUUGGGUUCGGGUCUACCCAUGCGCUCUUUGAAGCUGCUGUGCGCCUCUUCAUUGGGGCCGAGCCUGGCCCGGCUCAGUUCAAUCGCCCGAGUCGUCUGGCCAUGGCCAAUGUGCUGUUUGACUAUGGCGACUGCACGCUCAUGGCAGACUAUCUGGGUGGCAUGCGAUGGAACGCGCACGAUGUCGCUAUCGUACCGUGGGUGGUCGCGGUCGUCCGCCGCUUUGGCUUGCCGUCCAUGACGGAAGCCUUGAGCCGCCUGCACUACUCUACAUCUGGCGUGUUUUGGCGCAAGGUUCUCGAAGGCAUCGGUGCUGACAACCCGUCGUGUGAGCGCGACUUGUACGAUUUGGCGUCUCGCUGGUGGACCGCCCAGUUGCGUUGGAAUGGAAUGCCUACGGACGGGAUAUCUCUUGUUGCAUGGCUCUACGAGAACGCCGUGGCACCGAGUACGCACGUCGCCUUGUCAAUGCGUCUGCCGGCCGACGCCAUCGACAACAUUCUCCUCAUGAUGAUCGACGUGACGCCACUUGUGAAGGAACCCAGAGACUCACGCGGGCUGCCGGCCGCCUUGUGGUCCCUGCGUGCGACGCCGCUGCCACGCGUACUGCAAUACGCCUACCUCAACAUGGCGCUGCAACCCGACUAUGUUAACUACUACGACGAGGCCGCCGCUUACUUGCUCUUGCUGACGAUCGGCUCGCGACGCUUUGACGCUGCCGAGGCGCUUGCAUCGACACGGCGCGCCACACCCAAGUUCCAGAAGACGCUAGCGACGCUUCAAAAACGAGGCCAGCUCACCGCGGCGCAAGAACUCGUUCUCGACAACUAUCUCUCCAGCAUUUAAGGAGAGCAACUCGGCAACACAAUAUAUGCC